AUCAUAAUUUAUUAUAAUUUAUUAAAAUAAAGAUGAACUAAAGACUGCAUGUACUCUCAAAUUCAUUUUUAUACCAUUACUGAUUUUAAGUUAGCUAAGGUAAAUUUAACUUGGUAAAAAAAUAUUACAAGUUUAAAGGCAUUCAUAUCCUGGUAUUAAUAUACAAUUCACAAUGGAAAAUCUCAAACAAAUACCAGAAUCCAAAAAAUGUGAACAAGCAAAAUACGAAUACAUAAAAUCGUCUUAUGCAGGGAUGUUUGAAGUGUUACAGUCGUUACGCCAAGAUGAGGUGUUUUGUGAUAUUAAACUUAAGACAGACGAUAAAAAAAUAAUAUUCGCACAUAAAGUGGUGUUAGCAUCGGCAAGUCCAUAUUUCCAUGCAAUGUUCACACAUUUUUCAGAAAGGAAUCAUGAUGUCGUUGUCAUGAAACAGUUAGAUUCCACCGCUUUACAGGUGUUAGUAAACUUUAUUUAUACUGGAAAAAUCGUGAUCACUGAAGAAAACGUUCGGGAUUUGUUAUCAGCUGCAAAUCUGUUACAGUUACAAGAAGUAAAAGAGGCAUGUUGUAAUUUUUUACAGUCACAACUCUGCUCUACAAAUUGUCUCAGUAUAAACGCAAUAGCUGAUUUACAUAGUUGUACGGAAUUGUUAACAAGUUCAGAAUUAUAUAUUCACCAACACUUUUCAGAAGCUGCUGAUGGUGACGAAUUUCUAUCCUUAUCAUCUGAAGAGGUAAUUAAGUUGAUCUCCAGUGAUAAACUUAUAGUUCCAUCUGAAGAAAAAGUAUUUGAAUGUGUUAUUCGUUGGGUAAAACAUGAACUGGGUUCAAGAGAAUGUGUUUUACCACAAUUAAUGGAACACGUACGUUUACCACUAAUAUCAAAUAAUUACAUAUUAAAUAAAGUAAUUGAGGAAUCUCUUAUUAAGGACUGUAUUGAAUGUAAGGAAUACAUAAGAGAAGCAUUACAUUUUCAUAGGCUCAAGCCAGAAGAGCUUAUUCCACAAAACAUCCGGUUCAAACCCAGACAAGCAGAUAAAGUUAUAUUGGCUGUUGAUGGGAUGGAUACUAAAUUUAGCAACGGUACAGAAUUUUUCGAACCAAAAAUGAGCCGAUGGCAUAACGGACCGGAAAUGAUUACAAGCCGUAAAAAUCCCGGUCUAGCUGUAGUGAAUGAUAAUUUAGUGUUUGCCGUGGGUGGUUCUACUGAUCAUUUUGAACCUCUUCGGUCUGUUGAUGUGCUUGAUUUAUCUUCAGAAUCACCUUGUUGGAAACCUAGCGUUGACAUGAUAGUUAAACGAAAUAUUUUAGGAGUCGGUGUCAUAAAUAAUCAUGUCUAUGCCGUCGGCGGACACAAUUACAGUGAUUCUGCAUUAGAUAGUGCAGAAGUUUUUGACUAUAAUACUCAAGAAUGGCAUAUGAUAUCUAGUAUGUCUACUAGAAGAUCCGACCCUGGGAUCGGAGUCCUAGAUAAUCUUCUAUACGCGGCAGGAGGUUUUGAUCAAUCAUCACUGCAGACUUUUGACACUGUUGAAUGUUAUGAUCCCAACAUCGAUACCUGGACACCAGUCGCGAAAAUGUGUGGACGACGCAGAGGUUUUGGUGUAGGAGUUUUAAACGGUGUACUUUAUGCUGUGGGCGGUCAUGAUGGACUUAACUGCCUGAGUAGUGUUGAAGCAUACAGGCCAAGUACAGGAGUUUGGACUACUGUUGCGGACAUGAAUUUUACUCGACUUCGUGCAGGAGUAGUUGCACUAGACGGUUUAUUGUAUGUCGUUGGUGGAUCUUACAACUGUUAUAUUGUCGAUUCUACCGAAUAUUACAGCCCCGAAACGAAUACCUGGACCAUAGUCACAGCGUCAAAAAAUUAUCCACAUACUUCAGGAGGAAUAGUAGCCAUUAAUAUGCCACGACAUUUUAAAACUUGUUCGUAUUCAUGAUUUUUUUUUGAUAUAAUGUAUAAAUGUUUUCUUAUUUUAUAUUAUGAUAUCUUAAUUUAUUUUUUAUUAAUUAUUUAGUAUCCGAAUAUUUUAUUUAAAAGGUUCGUAUUAUAUUCGUCAUUAUAUCGAACAUUUGCAAAUGAUGUACCUAGUUAAAAAUGUUUAGUAUGUUUAAUUUCUAUUUUGAUUAUCCAUAGCUAUGAAUUGAACAUUUAAAUUAAGGUUUGUCAUAAUUAGUUAUUACUGUUAUAAAAAUUCUAUACAAUGUUUACGUAAAUGGAUAAGGUGUGUAAAAUACAUUUUGAGCACUGUCAUAGUGGUGCUUCGAUGUUUACAUUAUAGCAAUGGAAAGAAAAUCCCAAAAAA